UUCAGUGCUACAGGAGCAAAAAACAGAAAAAGUACAAACAUGAUAAUAGUAAUAACUCCAUUAAACAAAUAACACACUAGCACUGGGAUACAGUAUUUCUUCAACAUUUAAAAUAAAAAUAUUGUUUCUAUUUGCAUUUAUUUGAAGGAAACAGGUCAAAAUAAGAGAAAAGAUGCUCUGUAGUUUUUCAGACCUCAAAUCCUGCAAAAGAAAACAAAUUCAUAUUCACUUUUAAGAAUACAACAGUAAUAUUUGUACAUGUAUUAAGGAGAAGUUUUAACUUAUUUUGUAUGUGAUAGCCUCAAUUUCUCAUUACAGUUUUCAUUUGUAUUGUCAUGCUGUCAUGCUUUCACAUUUCUGUUGGAUGACUCUGUCACUCCUGAGGUUUGAUUUUGUUGAAAUUCAACAGACACUGGAAUGGCCACAAUACAUCUAGAAAUGCUGAUUAAAUGACAAUUUUUAAUGGUCUCUCAAUUAUUUCGUGGUUGUAGUCUGUAUAUAUAAUAAUUUAAUAAUUACUAGAUAAUAACUUAUAUUUAUUUAUUGUAAUUGAAAAUAGUUCGAAUGCUUUAUGCAAUUUAAAUACCAUGAGCAUAGAGUAUAAAUUUCCCUCUUAAUAAAUCUAGAAUUUAGCUAAAUUAGGGAUAUUUCUCUGUAGGAUAAAAAGGUGACACCUGUAAAUAUUAGAAUAUUUCCAUUGGUCAAUAGCUCCGAACACCAAAACAAAAAUGGUCUACCAAGUAAGUGCAACUUAUCAACCAAGUGGUCUUCAAAUCAUAAAAUGCAAGUUAUUAUUUAUUUAUGUUUAUUUUACAUGUUUGUUUGUUUGUUUGUUCAAUGCUAAAUAAGUACACUUGCUCUUUCACACUUACAAUUAUCUCCAGAUCAUUCUAAAUCUUGUGUUGUAUGUUUCACAUUUUGCACUGCUCAUACUUUACCAAAGGUUAAGAGAAAACCAUGUGUUUCUUCAUAAUGAUGUUUUUAUAGAUUUGCAAGAAUUUGAGCAAUUCACACAUUUACCUAAAUUGUGCAUCAUUGUCAGAACCUCAAAAGCCCUUGUGACAAUUAUUAAUGACAUAUUUAUUUGUGUACGGUAUCUGUAACAUGUUUAUCCCUCAGAAACCUCAAAAGCCCUUGUGGUAAAUAAUAAUGACUCAUUUGUUUGUUUACUGUAUCUGUAACAUGUUUAUCCCUUGUUGUCUCGCUCUGGAUUACGUUGUUUUGCAAACAGUAGUUGCAAGUUGACAAAAGCGAAUAAUGAUCACACAGAUAUUUGCGUUCAUUCGGCGUUUCCUGUCUGAGUGCACAGAGUCAGUGCGAUCUGAUAACGGUCCCCGCGGAAUCCCGGCCGGUUCCCAUGACGCCGUUUCCUCUGCUGGAGCGUCUGCGGCUGCUCUGAUUGCGGCUGUCCGUUUAGUGGUCUCAGUAGCCCCCCAGACCGAUCUCAGCUGCAUUUCCGCCACACGAUUAUUGAAGUACACCAGAAGAAAAACAAAAAAGUGUAUUGGAGCAAUUUCCCUCUAAUGAAAAUGUUAUAAAUCAAUCAAACGAUCAGCAAGAAAGUUAUGCAUAGACGUUAAUUGUUUAAAAUUCCACCUGUUGCGUUUCAGAUACAGUCCGCAAAGACUUUAAAACCAGUUUAACGGCGUGGACUAGGGGAGAGACUGUCAGAGAGAGGCAUGAACAAAGUUUAUCCAAAAUGUCCGAGCUGUGUCCACGCCAAACAAUUGAGAUAAUCUGUCUCGAGAUCAAGGGGGCCACACACAGACAUCUCGCGCCGCGGGCUAUUUGUUCGUGUUUCAGUCCCUCAUAUGCCCACUUAAAUGUCCUUUUGAACACACAUCCCCUUUUUAGUCACGGAAACACAAUUUAUGGCUAUUAUGUCGUAUUAUAGAUCGCAUCUACAGAAACCUGCAAGACUUGUUGCCGAGAGAUGUGUGAUUCAUUUUAGGGGCCAUAACUUGAGAGAAGCCCAAACAACCUUAAAGAAUCAAGAAUGAAGACACGACAAACAUGUUUGUUAAUGUUUCUUCGUCAUUCAAUUAUUGUUAAGUGGAUCGGACUAUAAAAAGAAUCACUAGAAAAUAAAACAUCCAAUCCUAAAUGGGAUCGGACCACCCAGAAUCAAAGAGUGAAUGAGUGUAGUUUGUUGAUCACGCCCCGGGUUCAGGCGUUUACAGUAGUUCCAGUCAUGUACGCCCAUUAUAUCAGCAUCUGACCAGCAGCCGGUCGGAGCCUGUACACACACACAUAUACACACUUCUUAUGAGAGGAGCUUCAUUUGCCUUUGCCAGCUAGAGAGCCUUUUCCAUUCAAACAUAAAGGCUCGUCGUCACCCUGGACGUCUGAUGAUGUUUGACAACUCGCAAUAUCCUUACAACUGUUUUAACUAUGAUGGUGAUGGAUAUCCCACGUGUGGCACGGACGAAGAAAAGAAAGUAUGCAGACCAGCUUACAGUUACAUUGCACUAAUAGCAAUGGCAAUACAGCAGAGCCCAGAGAACAAAGUUACCCUAUCGGGAAUCUACGAGUUCAUCAUGAAGAGAUUUCCUUAUUACAGAUCCAACCAGAGGGCUUGGCAAAACUCCAUUCGUCAUAACCUCUCUUUAAACAGCUGCUUUAUAAAGGUGCCCCGCACUGAAGGUAACGAGAAAGGAAAAGGUAAUUACUGGACGUUUGCCACAGGCUGCGAAUCAAUGCUGGACCUCUUCGAAAAUGGCAACUUCCGACGUCGCCGCCGCCGACGCAACUUAAAACUGGGCCUGAAGGAGCCGGCCGAACCCUUUAUUGCCAUGGACACGCAUCAGGGACCCGCAGUGAGACCCGUGGAUUCAGAUUCUUUCUGCACUAGUCACAGACCGGCCCAGAUCAAUCCGCCCCAUGGCAAACCUGAGCCCGAAAUCAAAUUCAGCAUUGACUACAUUCUCUCCACGCCGGACCCUCUGCCGGGCUUCAGAGCCGCUGACAGUGUAGCUGGAGCGGUGAUCCACCAUCUGGAACCACAACAUCUUAAUCUACACUUCUGGACCAUGUAACCAAAACUGUCUGAGAACCUAUAAUACAGGAUGGUUGAAACUGCUGCGAAACACGAAAAAACAAACAUUUUAAACCUUCUAAAGCAUAGGAAAAACAAACAUUGUAAGAUUUCCAAUAAUGCAAUUUGGCUUGUAUUUAAGCACAUGCAGUGUGUUGUGUGCGUGUGAUGUCAUCAGCUCUUUCAUUGGGGCAUGUUAGUAAAACUGAUAAACAAGAAUACAAAGCUUUGAUCCGUAAUAUACUAUUUAUCAUAAUUCAUAAUACGAGUCUUGGGUAUCUGUUAGCUUUGUUUAUGACCACAAGAUGUUUAAACAGUGUCUUUUAUGCAAAACAGGUCAUGCUGUUAAGCUGUUUUUGACACUUUACAGUCUUUGCUAGUAAGUGGUCCUGAUUCUCAAUUGGUAGAGCACUGCAUUAGCAAGUCAGAGGUCAUGGUAUUGACCCCCAGGGAACAAAAAUGUAAAAUAAAAAUGUAUAGAUUAGAUGCCCUUUGCUUUGGAUAAAAGUGUCUGCAAAAUGCAUUCAAUAUGUAAAAACAUAGAUGAUGAUGAGGAUUUAGAUGCAGAAGCUGAACUGGGUGCACCAACAUACUGAGAUGAAAUCAAACGUUAUUGGCAUUUUAUUGAGAUGUGACUAUUAAGUGCACACAGAUUUGUGGUUUGUUAAGUGUUUGCAAACAAACGCUUUAACAUUUGAGAUUAAUGUUAUCCGUAUUCCCUGCUCAUACUUGUUUACGUAUGUUGUUUAUAAUGUGCAUCAUUGGCCCUUGACAGUCUGUGAUCCGUAUCAAUCACUGAUAUACUGAACACACGCUCCUCAGGGCAAAAAAACAACAGCAUGACAGAGCUUAGGCUUCCCCUGUGGGGUUUUCCGAUCUUGAUUUUUGAAUCAGCUAAUUUCUUGUUAUUUUGUAGCAUGUUUGAAUUUUGGACAACUAAAGGUGAUUUCAGAAUCAAAGCCAUGCUAUAUAUUUGUGCUUUUUCUUCAUUUGAAUAGUUCUGCUAUAAUAAAUCAUACAUCUCAUAGCACCUGCAUAAUAUUACCGUUUCUAAACCAACCCAAAUCAUUACUUUGGUGAUCAAAUAAUUAAAAUGACAUGUUAAGGUAACACUUUACAAAAAGGUUGUAUUUGUUAACAAUUAGUUAAUGCAUUAGCAAACAUGAACUAACAUUGAGCAAUACUUCUACAGCGUUUAUUCAUCUUAGUUCCUGAUAAAUUCAGCAUUUACUAACACAUUAUCAAAAUCAAAUGCUGUAACUGUGUAACAAUAGUGUUUAUAUCAACUGUAUUGAUAUUAACUAACAUUAACAAGAGUUAAUGCUGAAAACCUACAAUGCUCAUUGUUAAUUAAUUCAUUUACUAAUGUUAACAAAAUACAACCUUAUUGUUAAGUCUUACCCAUGUUAAUAUAAAAUGCAGCAAAAUAUAGCCAUAACAUAAAUUGGUGGAUCAGAAGAAAGCAGUGCUGCGGACUACAGUAUAAAAUGUUUGACUGCCAAUACACGGCAAUAAAGCAGUAAUUAUUGAAUCUAUUGCUUACGGCCUCUUUUUGUUCAUAUCAAACACUCGCUUCAUGUUUAGGCAUUAAAAUAGAAAAAAAAUGUGAACGGACAUAAUUAAGAUUGGUCACUUUGUUAAAGCUACAUAGACUUGCAGUAUAAGAAAUGCUUGACUGAUGUCAACGCUCAGUAAACAUUGAAUCAAGGAAUUAUACAUUUUUGCGGAACACCAAAUCUAAGCCGAGCAAAAAUGUUAUGAAUAAUUACAGUAUCUAUCAAGAAUGAAAAAUUUGAUAAAUAGCUUAUUUCUUAUGUUAUAAACAAAAUAUUUAUGUGAAUGGCUGUGAUGCUGUGAGUAUAUAUGAAGAGUUUUUGAA